AUGGCAAUUUCUCCUAUAGCUCUGAUGCUACCUCAUAAAACGUCUGUUUGGAAUGCUAUUACCCAACUGGUUAUGAAGGAACCUGCUAGUGAAAGCAAGCAUUUUCUUGACUUGGCGCAUAAUAUUUAUCUUCCCUUGUUUGGGAAGGAUUCUAAUUCAAACAGAACCUCUGUAUCUAAUUCAAGUGGUCAUGAAAUCUGUACCCGGAUGCCUAGCGUGACCGAGCUUCAAGAGGCUAGUAUUAGGUUCAAUGCUGAUGAGAGUGAGGAUGUUAGCAUUUUUGAUAUAACCUUCAAGCAUGGUCACCUGAAAAUCCCUAUAUUUAAAGUGACAGAUGACACCGAGAGAUUCUUGCGUAACAUUGUUGCCUACGAGCAGCAUUCUUCUAGUGUCGAACUCAAAUAUUUCACAGAUUAUAGGUCCAUUAUGGAUUCGCUCAUCAACACGGAGAAAGAUGUGAAUAUACUUCGUCUCCGAGGAAUUAUGGAAAACUGGUUGGGUGAUGAUGAGGAGGUUGCUCGUAUGUUCAACAAGCUGGGCGAUGGAGUAAUGAUAAAUCCACCAACUUUCUAUUACUCACAAGUAUGCCAAAAGGUGAAAAACCAUUGUAGAAAACCUUGGAAUCGAGCCAAGGCGAAGUUAAGGCGCACCUAUUUCCACAACCCAUGGGCAAGUAUUUCAACAGCUGCAGCUGGCGUGCUCCUUUUACUCACUCUGAUACAGACUGUAGUAGCCCUCAUUUCUCAGUUUGCUUAG